CUCUGCGCCUGCGCGGCGUUCACGCGAUUCCGGGUACUGAUGUUGGUUUUCCAAGCUGUUUGCAGAGAAACUGAGGCACCGAGAGGGAGCGACUGCUCUCGAAACCCACAGGAAACCCGUUUCCCUUCCUUGGACCCACUGUGAAAGGCUUGGCCUCGGGUCAUCGGCAGUGUCCCCGAAACUCCAAAUUUUUCUGGCAAGGGGGUGGUCAAGGCGACAUUUAGGACUGGAGUGACGGAGCAGUGACUGUUCUUGUGCCGUGCUACAGGUGAGGACGUGAAGACUCUGAGACUCUGAGCGUGAACAAGGUCGGGCUUUGGCGGCCGGGACUUGAACACUGACUGAGCCCAGCUCUGAGUCCUGCGAGGCCUUGUGGAACCGAGAUGACCCACUCUUUGGUUUGUCCAGAGACAGUGAGCAGGGUGAGUUCGGUGCUGAAUCGUAACACUCGGCAGUUUGGAAAGAAGCACCUGUUCGACCAGGAUGAGGAGACCUGCUGGAACUCGGACCAGGGCCCCUCCCAGUGGGUAAUACUGGAGUUUCCCCAGCGCAUCUGUGUCUCCCAGCUGCAGAUCCAGUUCCAGGGGGGCUUUUCCAGUCGCCAGGGCCGCCUAGAAGGUUCUCAGGGGAGUGAGGCGCUUAGCAAGAUUGUGGACUUUUAUCCUGAGGACAACAACUCGCUUCAGACUUUCCCUGUGCCAUCUGCUGAGGUGGACCGGCUGAAAGUGACAUUUGAGGACGCCACUGAUUUCUUUGGCCGAGUGGUCAUCUACCACCUGCGGGUGCUAGGGGAGAAGAAGGUGUGAGGCCACUGGGUGGCUGCCUCCU